AUUAAGCGUAUAUGUAACAAAUGCAAUUAUUUUACAUUACUUUAAUACUUAAAACUCGUGGUGCAUCCCGUUGCAACUAAAUAAAAUCCACUUAUUCUAUAUAAUGAAUUGUUCCUACCAACAAACCUCAUCAGUCCAUCUCCUAAAGAACAGAGAUGCUCCGCCUCUUUUUCUCCUCCGCUUAAAGCUGUUCACACGUCUCAGCUGCUCUGUGCUCACUACUCAGACUCGGAGUCAGACCUGCUCGAGCUCUAGCUGCUUCCACUCGAUACGUGCAAGUGUGUUUUGAAAAUCAUAGUCAUAAAACACAAGAACCUAAGUUGCUUUCUAUGCAACUCAACAAACUACCUGACCGUAUCUGUAGGGAAGUUUAAUUCCGUUUAGUCAACUGGAUUAAAUUAACCUGUUAUUUGUUUUAAUUUGUAUCCACGAGACAUCGGGCGCUGUUGCGAGAGCGUCCAGCGCCGCCGGUGGUACUGUGGCUCUGUCCCCAGUGUGGCAUGAUCGAGGGUUAAAGCAGACAGACCUGACGUUGCAGUCGCUCCUGAACAGGAUUCAAUGAAAAUGUCUGUCUGCAUCCACGAGAACCGCAAGUCCCGUGCCAGCACGGGCUCUAUGAACAUCUAUCUGUUCCACAAGUCCUCGUACGCUGAUAGCGUGCUGAUGCACCUGAAUGCUCUACGCCAGCAGAGGCUCUUCACCGAUGUCCUGCUGCAUGCCGGAAACCGUUCGUUCCCGUGCCACAGAGCCGUUCUGGCCGCAUGCAGCCGCUACUUUGAGGCCAUGUUCAGCGGAGGGCUGAGAGAGAGUCAAGACAGUGAAGUGGACUUUAGGGACUCCAUUCAUCCAGAGGUGUUGGAGCUCCUUUUGGAUUAUGCCUAUUCAUCAAGAGUCAUUAUAAAUGAGGAGAAUGCAGAGUCUCUUCUCGAGGCCGGUGACAUGCUGGAGUUUCAGGACAUCCGAGAUGCCUGUGCUGAGUUCCUUGAGAAGAACCUCUACCCAUCCAACUGUCUAGGCAUGCUGCUGCUCUCAGAUGCCCACCAGUGCACCCAGCUGUUUCAGCUGUCCUGGAGCAUGUGCCUCAGCAAUUUUCCUGCUAUCUGCAAGACCGAGGAGUUUCUCCAGCUGCCCAAGGACAUGCUGGUCCAGCUGCUGGCACACGAGGAGCUUGAAACCGAAGACGAACGUCUGGUCUAUGAAUCGGCGCUCAACUGGGUAAACUACGACCUUGAGAGAAGGCACUCUCAUCUCCCCGAGCUGCUGCAUACUGUGCGUCUGGCUCUCCUGCCUGCCAUCUUUCUCAUGGAGAAUGUCUCCACAGAGGAGCUUAUCAUCGCCCAAGUCAAAAGCAAGGAGCUGGUGGAUGAGGCUAUCAGAUGCAAACUGCGCAUCUUGCAGAACGAUGGCGUCGUCAACAGUCCCUGUGCCCGUCCACGCAAAACCAGCCAUGCCCUUUUCCUGUUCGGUGGCCCCACGUUUAUGUGUGACAAGCUUUACCUUGUGGACCAGAAGGCCAAAGAGAUCAUUCCAAAGGCGGACAUCCCCAGUCCACGCAAGGAGUUCAGCGCCUGUGCAAUUGGCUGCAAAGUGUAUGUGACUGGUGGCAGAGGCUCGGAGAACGGCGUGUCUAAGGACGUUUGGGUGUAUGACACGCUGCAAGAGGAAUGGUCCAAAGCAGCUCCCAUGCUUAUAGCACGUUUUGGGCAUGGAUCGGCAGAGUUGCGCCACUGCUUGUAUGUUGUCGGAGGUCACACAGCUGCUACUGGCUGCCUGCCUGCAUCACCAUCUGUGUCCUUGAAGCAGGUCGAGCAGUUUGACCCGGUUGCGAACAAGUGGAGCAUGGUGGCCCCGCUACGAGAGGGAGUCAGCAAUGCCGCAGUAGUUAGCGUAAAGCUCAAGUUGUUUGCCUUCGGAGGAACGAGUGUAGCCCACGACAAGCUUCCCAAGGUUCAGUGCUACGACCCUGCAGAAAAUCGGUGGAUGGUCCCGGCUUCCUGCCCGCAACCGUGGCGCUACACUGCAGCCGCUGUUCUCGGCAACCAGAUCUUUGUAAUGGGCGGUGACACCGAAUUCUCGGCUUGCUCUGCCUAUAAGUUCAGCAGUGAGACUUAUCAGUGGACUAAGGUGGGAGAUGUUACGGCGAAGCGAAUGAGCUGCCAGGCAGUGGCUUCUGGGAACAAACUGUAUGUGGUGGGUGGUUACUUUGGUACACAGCGCUGUAAAACGCUGGACUGCUACGACCCCACGUCGGACGCCUGGAACAGCAUAACUACUGUACCUUAUUCAUUAAUUCCCACUGCCUUUGUCAGCACUUGGAAGCACCUCCCAGCCUGAUGCAUGCCUGUUGUCUCCUCUGUGACCCUACUGUUUCUGAGAGAGUUUCUUGAAUCCCUGUGUCGUAUUGUCUACUGGAUUCCAACUGUGAAGAAGUACUUUAACCCUCCUGUGCAAUUUUAUCAAGACAUUUUCUCCUAAACAGUGAUGUGUACAUACGUCCAGUCACAACAAAGCUUUUUCUGCUGCAAGUUCACCAAAAUCUUUCCUGCUUCGGAAGCAGCCUGCAUUCGUUUUGUGGAGAACACAGGCUUCACCUUGAAAACCAAAAGAACUGCGGUGCAUUUCAUCAUAACCAGCGUGUUCAUCACACUUGCCCCCCCCCAUAUGUGUGUAUUUUCACUGUUUUUGUACAAUGUUGAUGCAAGCUACAAUAGACUCGUAUGCCUGUCUCGAUCUGUAUACUGCAUGAAGGAUGACUGGAUGCUUUUGGGAGAUCAAGAAUCUCAACGCAUGAUUGCAAACAUUAAGACUGGAAGAUGAACAACUUCCUCUUUCUCCUGGACAAUUACCUCACUUGCUGAUGUGUCUAGCUUCUCUUCCCUCCACAAUGUUAAACAUUUAUCCUGCUCAAAAUAAAAUGCCGAGGCAUAAUGUGAACCUUUAAUGGACUAUGUUGAACUUCAGAUUAAGCUGAAUGAAAGAUGAUCAAGCCUUUUUUAUUACGGAUUUGUUCUUCACGCCUCUGUACGAGGAACGCAGGCUGAUGCUGGGCUCUUGUUGAACAGACCUUAGCAGCUUUGUGUGAAAAUGGACAUGGGGACAGUGUGUCCCAAGGUACAUCCACCAGCUGUGUUUAUGUGACUAAGUGGGUGUGAGAGAGGCAUGUCCUGGCAUGUUAGUCUGAGUAAGGACCCUUGUGACCCCACUGAGCCCCUUCCUACAACAACCCAUCACCCACUACAGUAAACCCUGACAAACAGCAUGAGCAUACCCCCCGAGAACAACAAAAUAACUUACAAACACUUCAUCAGUAGAUUCUGAUGACUGAUAGACUUGAGUUUCUCGAGUCGCUCAAGACACUUUUGCUUUGCCUGUUCUAUUCUAAGCACAUGCGGUCACAGUAAACGUGAACGACAGAAGGAGAGAGAAAGAGGUGAGAGUCAUUUCGUCACCUUGCGAGGGAAUGCAGUCUCUAUGGCAACGUCAAUGAAAAACCUGAACUGUAAAUUAAAAAAAGGAUAAAGUGCAAAAAGAAACUGGUUGUCUUAAAAUAUUUCAGUGUCUGUUAGUAGUCUUAAUUUAUGAUUUUUUAUAUAAUGCUUUUGUUUUGAUUCAUUGUGUACGAACAAUAUUUUUGGUAUUUAUUGUUUUUCUGCUUGCGUACAUGUUUGGAUGUAGCAAAGAUGUCAGGUUUUUGUAUAGCGCAUGGCUCGAAAUGCUCUAUUCCCGCUGCACUUUUGCACAUUUGCGUGAGGUGAUUUUGACUGGGCGGGUGGAAUUUGUAGAGGUCAGCGAACGCUUGAGCCUUUUGCUCAUCUGAUCAAAACCAAGGAGGCUUGGGGGUCAUAGGUUAUUGACAGGAUAAGAAUGGGCCGAAUGAUGUCACUGGUUCAGAUUACCCAGGGUGCAGUGGAUGGGGAGUUGUAAAGGGAGUGUUCAGACAGCUUUGUGAACUAGAUAUUUAGGAAUUUACUAUUUCUGAACUCUAGACAUUUGAAUACGGCCCAGAUGAUUCAAAUGUGUCAAAGUUGAUUUACCCUUUACCCUGUUCUGGUAGUGUAUUGAAACAUUUAUAUUUGUAAAAGUAUACAAUGGAAUUUAAGGGAUAGUUCAUAGAUUUUAUAUUUAGUUUUUUGGGUGAACUGUCCCUACCCCCAACCUCUAAACAUUAGCAUGGUUUGUUGUCCAUUACAAGUGGUUUUGACUAGUGCCCAUUGCCAAACUGCAGUAUGGAACCUCUUUAAAUCUGCUCUGUGUCCAUCACUGUCAAUACCAAAACUCACACUGACCCAGGGUCUCUGGGUUGUAAGAGCCUGUAAAGCUAUCAAAGGAAUGUGGCAUCUGCAGCUGCUCCCAGAACAGCUGGAACUGUCACCAGCAUGUCGUAAGUUUGACUGUCCCUCACAUUUUAGUGUAGCAUUAAAGGGCUAGUUUGUCCAAAAAAACAAAUGUGUCAUUUAUUACCCCUCAUGUCAUUCAAAACCUGUGGAAGUCAAUGUGGCCCAAUGUUGUUUGGUUACCAACCCUCUUCAAAAUAUCUUCUUUUGUGUUUUGCAGCAGAAAGAAAGUCAUACAGGUUUGGAAUGACAUGGAGUGUAAUUGAUGAAAGGAUUUCUUUUUGGGCAAACUGUCCCUUUAAUAGCAGCCAUCUUGCUGAAUGUGGGUUGAUGUUUAAUAACAGAAGUUAGUUCUGCAGGGCUUGGUUUUGUUGCAGCUUCCACCUGUUACAGUCUACAGCUAUAUGCUGUUAAAUUGUGGUACAUUUAAUAAUAAUGAUGACUAUAUUGGUGUUAUGACUAAGCUACACCCCAAAGGUUCCAAAAUAAAAUUGAAAAGCGAUGUCUACAUAAGGGCAAAGACCGUAGUGCUUUCACAGCAGUGCCAAACACACUGUAGACUUUAGCCGUCUGUUUCGAUUAUUUCAGAACGAUGCAAAGACAGCAAAGGUUUCAAGCAAGGAUGAAAAACACCGCUAGCAAGUUGCUAUGCUAUAGCUGUUGUGACAGCACUGUUCUUUAUAUAGCUUUACAUUAAUGGACAUUCCGAAUAAAGUAAUCUAUGUUGUUCCAUUGCACAGCGACAUAGCAUGUAAUAUAUACUGUAUAUAUAUAUAUAUACACAUGUAUGUGUGUAACAGUUUUCUAUUGGAAAGACUUGUGUUUACACACAGAGAGAGCGAGAGAGAGAGAGAAAAUCCAUUGAGGGUUCACAUUCCUCGCACAAUCCCCCCCCCAGCAAAGUAGUUUCAGGAAAUUCUAGCUUACUGGGUUCCCUUUUAGCCUUUAGGGGUUUUACACCACCUCCAUCCUUGACCCACCCCCUUCCCCCAAAAUACCUUUUCACAAAGCAUAGCACACGCUGACCUCCAACCAAUCAGAAAACGCUCUUCUGCCCAUUGCAAAGCACAGUUGCCACUGCGAUGGUCAACAAUCAUUGCUCCCCUCUUCAUCUCAACUGGUAAUUUUCAAGUGUUUUGUUUUUCCCUUUCUCGCCCCCUAACUCUUAUGCCCUCCUUCCCUCUCUCCUGCUCAAGUGAACAAUUUGGAGGUGACUCGCAGGUCCGUGUGCAUUGAGAACCUGUAUGCCUUCACAAACAGAAGCAUUGCUAAAACACUGUCAAUGUUGGCUGUACUGUUGUUUUCGUGAAUGUCUUUUUUCAUUUCUGUAUGUGUCGUAUUAUAUUAUGGUAUUGUUGUUUUAUCUCAACCACAGCGGUUAACAUUAUUUUGUACAAGUGAUUUUUUCACAAUGUGAAAUUCAUGGCUAAAUAAAGAGUUUUUCCUCUUGA